AUGGAAAUCCUCCGCGAGCCGCCCAAGGCCUCAUCCUUCGUCCCUCUAAUAGAGCAUCAAUCUGCGACGCCCGCUUCUUUCUACUCCGGGCCCCCAGUCCUACAUUACUACAGCGACCGCAGCAAACUGAUCGUCCUGGAACAUGAAGCCCGCUCCGUGCCUGCAUUUGCGCCUUUGCUAGAACAUCCCACCAGCUCUCAAGAGCAACAACCUCAGCAGCAGCCUCAUGCUAACGGCACCGAGGCAGCCAAUGGAGGUUCGGACGAAGCAAGGGGGACGCACAGAGUCGUCGACAAUGUGGAUGUAUGGGUGACUUCAGACAAACUGUUCCUCUACUCCAACGACGCAAACGCCGGCCUCUCAAUCCCCUACCCCUCCAUCUCUCUCCACGCAAUCCAAUCUCUCCCACAACCCUCGCCGGGCGAACAACAAGGUCUAUACAUGCAGAUAAUUUCAUUUCCCUCAACAGAAGAGAGCGCCGCCGCCGCGCAAGACGAAGACGUCGAACCCGACUCUAUCUCUGUCACGGUGAUCCCGACCGCCUCUGCUCCGCCGCAAGUUGCCUCCGCCUCUGGAGACGGUCUCGAAGGGGAGGACCAGCCCGAACAGACGCCCGUGGUGGCCAUGUUCAACGCUCUUUCCGCUUGCUCCAAUCUGCAUCCUGACCCCGUCGAAGACGAAGAAGGCGAAGACGCCGGUGGGAGCCGUCUGUUUCGCGCGGGGCUGGCUUUCCCAGGCAGCACGGAUGGCGGCCUCCCACCCGCGAUGCCGGGCAGCGGAGGCUGGAUCACGGCGGAGAAUAUGGACGAGUUUUUCGAUGCAGAGGGGAACUGGAUUGGCGAUGAUGAACAAGAAGACCAAGAAGAGGAAAGCGGUGACGAACCAGGAGCAGCUGCGAGUGGCGAGCCUCCUUUGGGCCCGGGCGCUGGCACCGUCCGGCCAAGGCAAGAUACAGAGGAGCAAGGAAACGGGGAUGGCGCUGAUGGCGCAGGAGAAGCGGAGGAGACCAAGUGGCGGAGAACAUCCUAG